AUGGUCCUUGGCUCUACGCCCGACGGUGUCGGUGCGCCUGCUGCCAUAGUUGUGCGUGGAGCCGAUCCUUUGGCGAAGGACGCCGACGCAAGGAUGAUCGUGUCUGUGGUGAUCGACGACGAGGAGGAGGACGUGGUUGUCCUUCCGCGAACGCUUUUCCAAGAGCGAACAGGAGGAGCGAUUCGCGAGAUGGUGGUGGUGGCCGAGGCAGACGGGCAAAAGACGCCCGAGAUUGAGAUGGAGAUGGCUGCGUCGACGCCCGAGCUGGUGGUGUUGAACGCGUCGCCGCGAGCGCAGCGGUGGCUGGCCUCGGAACGGAUCGGAGCGGACGAGCUGGCGAAGGCGCUGACGGUGCAGCGGGAAAGACGGCGGCGCGAGCUGAGCGCAGCGCAGCAAGCCGAGUUUGACGAGCAGCUGGCCGAGUACUACGCGCACGCGCUGCCGACGCUCGGCCUGCGGGCGGAGACGCGGCAGCAGCUGAAGGAGCUCCGCGACGACAUUGACGCCAUCCACGCACGGAUCGCCGGCCGCGCAGAGCGGGUGGCCGCUGCGGCUGCUGCGCUCGAAGCCCGGCUCGGUGCGCUCCGCAAGGAGACGGUGCUGAGCACGGCGGCGUUUGCGAUCUUCAGCUUUGCGCUCACCGUCCGAUCGAGCGAUGCCGUGAUCUCGCUAGCGCGAGCGCUGAUGGCGAGUGUGGCGCUGCCUGUGCCAGCAGCGUCAACGUCAUGGCUGAUGCCGCGGGCACUGAGCUCGGGUGUGGCUGCGACGGUCGGCAUGGCUGCGGCCGGCGGCGGGCUGGUGGUGGUCAACCACCUCGCACCGAGCCUGCUCCCGUGGACGCUUGCGGCGUGGAUCCUGCUUGUUCACAAGAUCGAGUGCUGCGUGGCAGCGCUGGCGGUGGCAUGCGCUAUUGUGGCGGUCCAGGUUGUGGCGCGGACGGUUGGCCAUCCGCAGGCCGACGCGAGCGCCGCCGAGUGGGCCGUCUUUCGCUUCCAGCUCUUCCUCAUGUCUGUGGUCGCCGGCGCCUGUGUGGGCUUUGCCGGCGGAUGGGGCUACAACGCUGACAGUGCGAGCGGGUGGUGGGCCGAUGGAUGGAAGCCGUUUAUGAGCACGCCGAGCGUGCUGUACCCAAGCAUGGUGGCCAUGGCUGCGGCGUGGGGCUGGUUCCUGCGGCGGUGA